UGCCCACAACUCCUGGAGUCACGGGCCGCUCGUUGUGCUUCAAGUUGGGAGACGCACAGCUCUAGAGAGGUGUGGGAUUAUAUCAGGACAUGGCAACCAGCAAUUCUUCCCUAAGGAUUGGAGUUGUAGGAUAUGGACAUCUAGGACAGUACCUGGUGGAGAGGAUCCUUAAAGAUGGGGCUGCUGUCGGUUUAACUCUCGCUUUUGUUUGGAACAGAAAUUCUGAGAAGUUCAAAGGUUUAAUUGCCGAUGAACUCAUACUUGGUGAUCUGUCAUCCUUUGCAGACAGGCGGUGUGAUGUGAUUGUAGAGGUCUGCCAUCCUCAGAUAGUCAAAGAAUUUGGGCUCCACUUCCUGUCUCAGUCUCAUUUAAUGGUGGGCUCUCCCUCCGCCCUCUCUGAUGCUGAUCUGAACCAAAAACUCCGUCAAGCGGCUCAGCUGCAUGGUAGGACGCUCUACGUCCCCAGUGGUGCAUUAUGGGGAGGCCAGGACAUCCAGAGGCUGAAUGAUAGUGGGGCCUUGAAGGCUCUGUUUAUAAGAAUGUCCAAGCAUCCAUCCUGCUUCCGGCUGACAGGAGACGUCCUCUCUGAUUGGACGGAGGGGGAGGGCAGGCGUGUUUUAUUCAGUGGCUCUGUGGCAGAGCUGUGCCCCCUUGCUCCUAACAACGUUAACACCAUGGCAGCAGCAGCGGUGGCAGCAGGAACACUUGGCUUUACAGGUGUUCAAGGGGAGAUUGUGUCAGACACAGCGUUAAGUGACUAUCAUGUGGUGGAGGUGGAGGUGACUGGGCCUACUGGCUUCUCAGUGCACACAGUGAGGAGGAAUCCAGCCAAACUUGGUGCUGUAACCGGCAGCGCAACGUACAACUCCUUCUGGAACAGUUUACUUGUUUGCAAAGGUCACGGAGGCAGAGUUUACUUGUGCUGAAGCCAACAGAGGGAGAAGAUCCACUGCAAAGUUCCAGAUAUAAACCAGGAGGUGGAUAAGUUGUGUGGAUGGUGUAACUGGAUCAACGUGUUACUGAGCAUUUGAAAACCCACAGAUCUUUUGAUAUUUGUGUUCCAAUA